AUGAAUCGAUUCAGUGCGCUUUUCUUCCUGGUCAGCGCAACGCUCGUCUGUGCUGAACCUCCAGUUCACGGUGGUUACGGCCAUGGUCACGGUCAUGGUGGUGGUGGUGGUGGCGGUGGAUACGAUGAUGGUGGUUACAUCGCUGUUAGUCCCGGUCAUCAAACCUCCGAAGGGCUGCACGUAGACCACAGUCUGCUGCAUAAGGUGAAGGAAGCGCUACUGGAGCACGAGAACUCCGGAUCUCACGGCGGUGGUGGCUAUUCUGGGUCGAUUUCGUCCUCGUACGGACCACCGUCAGGAUCGUAUGGACCACCUUCGCCGGUCUAUGGAGUGCCAUCGUACUCUGGACACGGAUACGGCAAGACCACCGGCAUUGAGCUGGGCCACGUUCAGCAAGGCAUCCAGGUCGCUGAGUACUACAAGGCCGCACAUGGUCCAUCACACUCGUCGUACUCCGCGCCAUCGUACUCGUCUCACUCGUCAUCCUACUCGGCACCUUCCUACUCAUCGCAUUCGUCCUUCACGCCGUCGCAUGGCUACUCCUCCGGAGGCUCAUCUUACUCGUCCUCUUACUCUGCUCCCUCUGUUUCAUCUCACUACUCUGCUCCAUCUGUUUCUUCUCACUACUCUGCUCCAUCUGUCUCGUCUCACUACUCUGCUCCUUCUGUAUCUUCUCACUAUUCUGCACCUUCGCUAUCUUCACACUACUCUGCACCAUCAUCGCAUUCUUCCUACUCCGGACUAUCCUCGUCAUACGGUGCUCCAUCGCUAUCCUCCAGCUAUGGAGUUCCUUCCGUAUCGUCUCAUUACUCUGCACCAUCCUACUCGUCUCACUCGAGUGGGUCCUACUCUCACGGCUCAUCUCACUCGUCCGGACCAUCGUUUGUUGCCAUCCCAUCGUCCUCGUACGGUGUACCGUCCUUCGGUUCCUCCGGACAUCAUCAUCGGCCAUCAUCGCACGGAUCAUCGCUCUCGUCGUACCGUGCACCAUCAUCCUCGUACGGACCACCCCGUCCGACCUACGGUGUACCGCACCAUCACUAAAC